AUGGCGGUCCUGAGCACAAUCCAGGCUCGUCACGCUUCGCACGCCACCUCCGGCCGCGCCAAUAAGGCGAAGGACGGGCCGGGAAAGCGCCUGGGUGCCAAGAAGACCGCUGGCGAAAAAGUCGUAACCGGCAUGAUAAUCUACCGCCAGCGUGGGACAGUGUGGUACGCGGGCGAGAACGCGGGCAUGGGGCGGGACCACACGAUCUUCGCGAUGGCGCCGGGUUUCGUGCGGUACUACAAAGACCCGUUGCAUCCCUCACGGCAAUUCAUCGGGGUCGCGCUCCUCGAAUCGCAAGUCCUCCCUCGUCCCCUCAACGCGGCGCGCGUGCGCCGCCUCGGGCGCAUAGAAGUCCCGCUGGAGAGGCAAAGGGAAACGGUACCGUUCGGUACACCGCUCAAAAAGAGUGACUCGGAGGCCAAGGAUGGGUUCUAUGUCUAUAGACCCCCGAAUUGGAAAAUUGGACGCACCAUGCCGAAGGUGGAAGUGAAGAAUAAUAAUCCCUUCGCGAGGUGGCAGAAGAAGGGGAAGAGAAACGCGGCGUAUAAGAGGCGGAAGGGGAUUGCGUAG